CUUGACAUGGCCUAUCGGCAUUUGGCCACUGCAAGUUUAUAACAUUUAUUCGCUCAUACGGUGCGGUUUGGCCACUUGUUGCAUGGUAGAACAUUGAUGUCACGACACGUUUUAAAUGGGAUUUUGAUAUUACGAUUACAGCACCAAGUAUUUAAAUUUGGAAGGAAAGUAUCCUUAUUGACGACAAUAGUGAUAUAUUUUCUUUUUAGAAGUGACAACACAUCGAUUGAGACAAAAAGAGCAUAUGAAAUCAUAUGCAAUUGUAACUGUCAGAGAGAUAUUGAUAAACAAACACUUGUUAAUUUCUUUAAGAUUUAAUUUCUUACCCUUUGAGUUUAUUUUUUGUUCACUUAAUAAUAGACUAUUUCUGGAAAUCUGUAGAAGUAGCGCUUAUUCUAUAUUUAUAAUUAAUACAAAUCUUUUUAUUAAUGUAAUCUUUUCUAGCAUAUGAGAAACAAUAGUAAGCGAUAUGUAUUAACACAAUAUAUAAAUUAUUAGUAUUUAUUUUACUGAUUUUCUUAAAUUUAUUAUAAUUGUAUAUUAAUUUUAUAUUUUUUUGUACAUACCAUUUUAUAUUAGCUUUAUAUUUGUACAGUACAAAAUGUGCUAUAUAGAAUUUUAAUUAUUUAUUAUAUAAAUAAUUAAAUAUUUAAAUAUUAAUUUUACAGUUACAUUAUUUAAAUAAUACUGAAUUAAAUUAUAAAGCAUGUAAUUUUUAAUAAUUUACAUGCUUUAGUUUGAAAAAAUCUAAUAUUUUCUGUAUUAUCUGUAUAAAAGAUGCUAAGAUAUAAAAUUGCUAUUCGCGCAUGCAACGUUCCAGCAAUUAUUAUCUAUUACAUCAUUAGAUAACAACCUUUGCGAAAGAAAUCUGUCAAUUUGGAAUUGGGACAUAUCUUUUUUAGACGCAAAAUGCUGUCUGUUUGAGUAAGAAAAUAUACCAUUUGCACAUAUCAACAGAGCAUAAUAGUGAUCUUGCCUUCCAUGGAGUUUUACUUGGGCUGUACUGAUGCAGAACAAAAUAUAGACAGCCUCAUGUUGAUUUGUUGCGGAAUUCUCGGUGUGCUAAAAACAAUAUGGUUUCGCAUUUAUGCGGAUAAUUUAACUAUCAAUUACGGUUCAGCUGUCAAUGAUUAUGUGACAAUUGUAAAUGUAAAACAUCGUUCCAUCAUGCGAAGACACGCCUUCAUGGGAAGAAUUCUCUCCUGUUUCAUGGUUUGCUUCUCUUACGUUGCUGUGCUUAUAUAUUCAUUUAUCCCUCUUCUGGGUGAUGAACAAGAUAAUGUAGUCAACGAAACAAACGAGGAGGCUGUACUAGAGUAUCCGAUACCAUCAAGAUGUGCUUUACAGUACCUGAAUGCGCCAAUGAGCAUGUAUCAAAUUUACUGUUUCAUCGAAUUCAUAGUGUUACUAAUUACAUGCACCUGUAAUCAUGGUAAUGACUCUUUAUUUCUCAACAUUACAUUACAUGUUUGCGGCCAAGUGAAAAUUCUAAAGGCCAAUUUUAUGGAUUUUACUGUAACAAAUUUGCAAGUGUAUGAUCAUUUCAACGCACUAAUUCAAAGGCAUAAUUAUCUAAUACAAUUAGCCAAGAAACUUGCCGAUACAAUAAGUUUCAUUUUGAUAACGCAGUUAUUUAUCAGCAGUAUACUUUUAUGUAUAAUGGGCUUUCAAUUUAUCUUAGCAUUAAAACUCAAUGAUGCUGUUGUUAUGGGAAAGAGUCUUACUGUACUAUGUACAUUUUUGACACAACUAUCGGUGUACAGCUACGUUGGGGAUUAUUUAAAAUCUCAGAUGGAAGAAGUUGGACUUUUCAGUUAUCAAAAUACGUGGUAUAAUCUUCCCGAAAAGAUAAUGAAAAAUUUAAUUUUUAUCAUUAUGCGAGCACAUUAUCCCGUAAAAUUACAAGCAGGAAGUUUUAUUGUAGUAAACUUAGCAACUUAUAUGAGUAUUCUGAGAACUUCUAUCUCGUAUCUGUCUGUGCUCCGUAUAAUGGUAGAAACGUAAGUUAACUUAUAAUUAUAAUACGUAAACCGAAAAAGGUUUACAAAUUACAUAUGCACAAUUUCAAGUUAUGUUUAAUAAGACAAAAAUCUGUAGAAGCAAGAAAUAUUUAAUAUUACUGGUUUAAUUGAGAGAUUUAUUAUAAUAAAAUUAUAAUAACGUAUA